CAAAAAUAAAAAUAGAUCCCAAUAUAGAUAUGGGGCAGAAUAACGGUCAUCAGAGUCGAAGUCCGAAUGAUGCAAAAUUAGAAAAACAGUACAAAGAAGAAUUGAAAAAUCUGAUCGAUGAUGGAGAUGGGACAGCAGCAAAACAUUGGCUGAAAGACAUUUGCAGAAAAGUUCGCAAUCCAAAAGAAAGAUGGAACGUGCUUGGAUAUGCAAUCAGAACUGUAGAAGGAUGGGGAAGAUACAGAAUAAUGUUGGAAAUAUCGGUCAAACAAAUCGAAAUAGCUCAAGCUAUUAAAACAAAAUGUAUUCAGUCGGACUUUAUGGGUGGAGAAUCACUCGUAAGCAUCAAUACUACUCUUGCUGAUUCGUAUUUGAAUUUAGCAAGGGCCAAUUUAUGGCUUUCAGAAUUUUCAAAAAGCGUCGAUUAUUGCUUGAAAAGUCUGACAUUCAUUGCCAAAUGUAGAGGAGCCAACAGCGAAGUAACGUUACGAAUAACAGGAGAAAUCCAUCUAUGCAGAGGAAGUGCACAACUUCGUUUAGGAAACCACAGAAAAGCUUUAGAAGAUCUAGAAAGAUCUUUGAGUUUGGCAAGUUCUCAACAAAACACCGAUUUGGAAUGCAUGUCUUGUUGUGCUCUUGGGCGUUUUUAUGUCAACCUGAAAGAUUAUGAAAAGGCCACAUUUUUUCCUCUGAAGGCGGCAGAAAUUUUGGAUGAAAAAGACAGCCCACGAAACAGAACGUUCAUUCAACUACAUUUGGGAGAAGCUUACAGGAAAGUCGGAAAAUUAGAAGAAGCGAUGUCCUGUAGUGAGGAAGCUCUGAAGUUUGCAAUUGAAAGCGGUGACAGAGGUUCGCAAGCUUAUUGUUUGUUGUGUUUUGCUGACAUCCAUCGAACAAGGAAAGAUCCAGAACGCGCAUUACCUAGGUAUGAAUCCGCUGGCUCAAUGAUGCGAGAAAUUGGUGAUCGUUAUGGUGAAGUGAAGGUUCUGGUUGGCAAAGCCAAAGUGCAUAUAAAGACUAAAAAUUAUGGAACAGCGAUCCAACUAUAUGACGAUGCUCUUAAACUAUCACAAGAAAUUAAGGCAAACAUGGAAAGCAUGAGCAUUUACGGAGAGCUGGCAGUGGCGCAACAACGUCUGAACAAUUUACAAGAAGCACGUGACUGCACAAUAAAAUACCAUAAGUUACUCGAAGAAAUGGAAUUAUAUUGCGGAGCUUGUGAUAAGCCGAUUGCAGAAAAACACGAACAAUUGGAAGCGUUGCCAUGUUCACACAUUUUUCACCUAAAAUGUGUUUCAGAAAUGGGUCUUGUCAACACGAGAGCUUGCCCUAACUGCAGAAAGAACAUGACAAAGCCUAAUUUCAAUAAAUGACAAAAAUUUUGAUUUGAAGAAAAAACUAAGGAGCAGAAUGACAUGAUGAAUUGUCGUGUUGGGUAGAACGAUGACUUGCUGUGACUGAAGAAAAAUAGCAGAGAUUGCGUAGUGGUGUGAUAAAACUUUUGUUUCUUUGCUACUCGGAUAAAGUGAUUUUUCUUUUGAUCUCAAAAUAGUUGGUGUGUAAGUUGUGGCAAACUGUACUGCAUGGUAUGUGGAAGUUUUUACAGGUUGAAUACUCGUGUUCCGUGAUACUGAAAAAUUGAUUUUUUAAUGUUUAUUUAUUUUUGUUAUUGUG